UGGCUCUUGGUGAUGAUGCCAUCAGCUCGCGCCCGGAUGAGGCUGGUCAAUCGGCUAAACCAAACUCCGCGAAAUGAGGGGCUAAAUCUAGACAGAAUGGAGAUUAUCAUGAGAUGGACGCAGUCAGUUCGAAAGUAUAUAUGUCCAGAAAUUUUAAGAGGGUCUAACGAGAUUACAAAAGUAUUGUUAGUGCUGGGAAAUACAUUCGUAGGCAAGUUUGCUAGUUAGCUCGUUAGCUCGACAAGUAGAGGCAGUGUUGUAAGUAAAGAAAUUGUCAGAAGCACUUAUCCAAAAUACAUAGUCACUUGUUUUCAGUUUUUCUGGAGAUUACGAAAUAAGACCGUUAAGGUAGGAAAAUAAAAUCAACUAAUGUCAACGAACUGCAUAGGACAAGAUAAGAAGUUAUUAACGUAAACAUUGACAGGCCUAAGGGUAACUUAGUUAUAUUUUAAAGGGGCUAAAAGAGCAGGUUUUGAAAAAAUACCUCUUUAAAUGGGGGGAAACUGGAUCAGAAAAGAAACAAAUAGUUUUGGUGGGAUUGUCAUGGCUCUGGCAGCUGUGUUAUUCUCUUGUCUUGUGAUUGGAGUCACUGGUCAAGAUGGACAGGCAAUGACUGCAGAGGAGAAGUCCGAAAUCAGGGACCAAAUUCUAGAGAUGUUUGAUCAUGCCUAUAACAGUUACAUGGACUAUGCCUACCCAGCAGAUGAAUUGAUGCCCCUCAGCUGUAGAGGAAGGGUAAGAGGGCUGGAACCCAAUCGAGGAGACAUUGAUGACUCUCUGGGAAAGUUCUCUUUAACAUUAAUAGACACUUUAGAUACUCUUGUGUUGUUAAACAAACUGGAUGAAUUUGAGGAGGCUGUGAAGAAGACCGUGCGAGACGUCAGAUUUGAUAAUGACAUCGUCGUCUCUGUCUUUGAGACCAAUAUCCGUGUGCUGGGUGGCUUGUUGGGUGCCCAUGUCAUGGCAGAUGUUCUAAAGCAGCGUGGAGAGAAAAUGCAGUGGUACAGAGAUGAACUGCUACACAUGGCCAAAGAACUGGGCUUCCGCCUCCUGCCUGCCUUUAACACCUCCAGUGGCCUUCCUUAUCCUCGAGUAAAUUUGCGCUAUGGGGUCAUCAGCCCCCUUUCUCGGACCGGAACGGAGUCGGACACUUGCACUGCUUGUGCAGGCACCAUGAUUCUGGAGUUUGCAGCUCUCAGCCGACUGUCCGGGGACCCAAUCUUUGAGGAGCACGCUAGGAAAGCUUUGGAUGUCCUCUGGGAGAAAAGGCAAAGAGGAAGUGACCUUGUCGGCACUGUGAUCAACAUCCACAAUGGAGACUGGGUUCGCAGAGAUAGUGGUGUUGGCGCUGGAAUCGACUCUUAUUAUGAAUACUUGAUGAAAGCUUAUAUUCUUCUUGGGGACAAGGUGUACCUUAACAGAUUCAACACACACUACAGUGCCAUUAUGAAGUACAUCAGCCAGCCUCCUCUGCUGCUCAACGUGCACAUGCACAACCCCACUGUAAAUGUGCGAAGCUGGAUGGAUUCCUUGCUUGCCUUCUUCCCUGGGCUACAGGUUCUGAGAGGAGACUUGAAACCUGCCAUAGAGACUCAUGAGAUGCUGUAUCAAGUGACUAAACAGCACAAUUUCCUCCCCGAGGCCUUCACCACCGAGUUCAGAGUUCACUGGGGCCAGCACCCAUUGAGACCGGAGUUUGCUGAAAGCACAUAUUUCCUUUACAAAGCCACAGGUGAUCCUUACUAUUUGAAAGUAGGCCAGUCUAUAGUGGAGAAGCUAAACACUCACGCUCGGGUCCCUUGUGGCUUCGCCGCCGUACAGGAUGUGAGGACAGGAACGCAUGAGGACAGGAUGGAUUCCUUCUUCCUGGCUGAGAUGUUUAAGUACCUCUACCUGCUCUUCUCAGAGAAGAGCCAGUUGCCUAUAAACAUUGAUGAUUAUAUUUUCACUACUGAGGCUCAUUUGCUCCCAGUAUCUCUGUCUACAACCCAACCCCCCUGCCAUACCAACAACACAGAACCUCAAGCUCAUGAAGACGAUUUAUUUUCAUACUCGUGUCCCAGUGCUCAAACCCUGUUCCCUAACAACCCCACCUUUGCCAAGACAAUCAGGGACAGUUAUAAAUACCUCACCGGUGUGGGAAGAGCCCAGCAGGCCUCAUCUGUCAGGGGGAUUGAACUGCCUCUUCAUGACACGGGCCUGGAGCCAAUCGAGUUUCUGAAAAGCAUGGGCAUCUCUCUGACACCUCUUACUGAGCUGGUCUCUGCCAGCCAAGGCUCAGCAUUUCAGGACUCUCAGAAGGGUGUGUAUAAGUUAAAGCUGGUUGCUGAGGUGAGCCAAACACCGGAGCAUGAGGAAGUGGUGCCACUAAUUGUGCAGCUCAUUUCCCCUCCGUUUUUGGGUCAAACAGUCCUUACGGCGGGGCCAGCAAAGUUUGGAACGGAUCUUACCAAACAAGAGCAUGGGGUGAAAGGCAGCAUUGUGAAGAGUGUUCCCUAUACGGCGUGUGGGCCGAUUGAAAACGCAGUACAGCUGCAGGGACACAUAGCACUGGCACUGAGGGGAGACUGCAUGUUUGCUGCCAAAGCUCGGCGCCUGCAGGAAGCUGGAGCCACCGGAGUCAUCUUCAUUGAUCACAGAGAGGGCAGCAGCAGUGCUGAGACUCCACUCUUCCAGAUGGUUGGAGAUGGAGAGCCUACCGAUGACAUCACAGUUCCCCUGGUGUUCCUCUUCAGCAAAGAGGGAGCUAUACUCACUGCCGCUCUGCAAGAACAUCACAAUGUGGAUGUCCUCUUGCUACCCAAAGAAAAACAACUAGGAAAAGAAAAACCUGAGAAGCUAAAUAUUAAGUUCCGUUUAGCUAAGGAAGGAGAGUUCGCCGAGGGUGAGACUGAAAGCACUACCAUCCAGCUAGUGCUGGACCAGAGCGAGACUGACACAGAGACAAACAAUGAGGCCGCAUCAUUGAACAGGGAAAACCAGGAGACCUGCAGCUCUCCGCUGAAAGACCCUGAGAGCAGCCCCUGACACUGGGAUCAGCCGUGACCACGGUCCCCUUCACAGAACGCAGGGCUGUUGCUCCCUGUCACCGAUCUCGGAUCAGAAAAUGCAGGCUGUGCUAUGGAAAAUGUACCAUCUGAGCUCCUCACAGGGGGAUCACAAGUCCUCCCCUGGUUAAGAUUGGUCUUAUCUUGCAUAGUUGGGGACUAUAUUGAUCUGCACAGAGUGAGAUGGUACAACACAUGAAGCUGCUGUCUCUCUGAUAUCGUGGUAGUUGCAAUAGAUUCUUCUCAGUUGUCUACAAUUGAAAAGCAUCGGUUUUGGGUAAUAAAGAGGUGUAAAAGAUUCUCUCACGCCACUUUAUGUGGAUCAGGUUUAUUUUAAUGUUUUUCAUUCACUGCAGAUCACUGGUUCUCAGUUUUGUGCAUUUAUUUUAUUUUAUUAUACCCCGUAUUUUUCGGACUAUAAGUCGCACCAAACUAUAAGUCGCAUUUAUUUAGAACCAAGAACCAAGAGAAAAUAUUACCGUCUACAGCCGCGAGAGGGCGCUCUAUACUGCUCAGUGUAGACUACAGGAGCACUGUGCAGCAUAGAGCGCCCUCUUGCGGCUGUAUAUGGUAAUGUUUUCUGUUAGUUCAUUUCUCUUGGUUCAUGUCAAAAAUAAUUUUGAUAAAUAAGUCGCACCUGACUAUAAGUCGCAGGACCAGCCAAACUAUGAAAAAAGUGCGACCUUAUAGUCCGGAAAAUACAGUAAUAUAAUGCAUUCUUAAAGUGUAAGCGGCUUGAAGUCUUCAGGACAUCCUUAACACAGACCCAUGACCAAACCCAAAAUCAGUGUUGAAAUGAGGAAGAAUGGACCAAUAAAACAUAGUUCAAAAUGUUUUAGAUACAGAAACAUCAGGGAAAUCAAUGAUCUGACUUGAACAUGUGUGCAUGUGUGUGUGUGAAAGGCAUGUAUGGUGGUGGCCUUUAUCAUAAUGUAACAUACUCUGUGCACUUCAUCAUGUGCCAAUAAUUCAUAUUUGUGUAUGUGUGUGCAUAUUUGCAGCCAAUGCAUUAAUCUCGCUUUCAUGCAGUGACUGGUGGGGCGUUUUUUAAUUGCCCUUUCCUCUACCAAAAACUUGCGUCUGUCAUGAACGCCCAAGACACAGGCUGAUUAAAAAGUGCUAAAUAAUUGUUUUGUGCAAUGAAAAAACCAUUUGUGCAUCAGGGUGAUGAUGAAAAUGAGUCGUAUGUAUUUAGAUUAGUCUAAUUUAGCUAUUAAUGACUGCCUACUUUGUCACUUGCACAGCUUCACCAACACACUAGAGGUGCUGCUUACACUAGACUCAUCUCUUUCCUUAUAUCAUCUGAGAAUAUUUCAAAUGCAUCAAUGUUAUUAGACUAGCUUUUGCAUUGAGUGUCACAGCCGUAAUGUAGCUCAAGAGUUUAAUACAAUCUGUUGCUUUAUAGCAUGCAGAGAACGGUUAUAUCAACCCCAAACCUUUCCAUUCCUAAUCUUAAUUCUAAUGUACACUUUGUAUUUUGUCACGGAUGGCUGUUUUCAAAAGGAUGUCAACCUGUGUACCUCUUGUUUCACAAAGGGCUUAUGUCUGAUUCACUUAAGUUUGAGGGCAUCAUAUAGAUUAGAUGGGAUUAUAUUUAUUUAAGAUAUUUUCUAUACAUUAACUUGAGAUGAAGAUACUUGUCAGAAGGGUCAUCUGAAGCAUUUCUUGAGGGCCAAAGGAUGUAAUACAAGAUUUUUAUAGCCUCUUUUUAAUAUCCUUUUUGUAUUGACUGAUGAAAUGUUAGCACUUGCCAUUAAAAAAAAGUUUAUGGCCCUGAA